CUAAACCUCAAUCAGUAUAGUCCAGUCUCGGGAGCUUUCAUUCUAAGGUUUUGGCCACCGUAUUCGCAAACAGUCCAAUUCGAACGAAUUUGGGAAGCGAACGUCCGCAACAAGCGUACGUGAAGUAAGAAGAUAUACUACUGAUUAAUCCAGGAAGAAACCUUUACUCCGAUCCAGCUUGGAUUGACCAGUUUUCGUGGGAAGUGAAUCCCUCGGCGAAAUCAUAUUCGUUGGCACGGCAGUUGCACAUUUGUGUUUUCAAAAUUAAAUUGCUCACUUGCCAUCGGCAUGACCGUACGAGCUUCCACUAUUCAAACUGACAGUUGCAACAAACGGCGCUUUGUAUUCCAUUCUCAAAACAAGACCCGGCAUGAGCGAACGGAGCCUUUUGUGUCUUCCGUUUCCCAUGAAAUUUAGACGCAAAAUUCAUUCCGCGACGACCAUCAACCACAUCCGAGUGCGUGCGUUCGAGGGGAAAUAAUUGCCAAAAACAUGGAUUCGAAGAGCAAAGACCCAAAUAAAAGCGACAGCUUCGUCUGGUUUCUGUCACGAUGUUUUCACGGCGAUCACAAAACCAUACCGAUACGGGAGAGUUGUCUAACCUUGGGCCGAGGCGAUGGCGUGGGGUACCAGUUUUGCCCAAAGAAAUAUCAUUACCUAUCACGGAAUCACUGCACGGUACAGAUUAUCGACGGAAAACCCACCAUAACCGACUGUAAUUCAGCCCGAGGCACAUUCGUGAACAGCAAACGGCUGGACAAGUUUUCUCCCGGACGAAUCGAGCUGAAUGAAGGCGACCAUGUUGGCAUCGGACAUAAGAAUGAUGAAAUUCAACAGUAUUUCAAAUUUCACGAGAACAUACUGAAGUAUCGGGUGUGUCGCAGGAUUAGCGACGACGAAGCAAUCAUCAUUUCCGACGAGGAAGGAGAAACAAGCAGCGCUUACGAACGUUCGCUCGAGGAUAUUCGUUCGAGCAAAGCUUCAAACCCAUCACCUCCGGAUCCAUGCGAGAACAUCAUCGAAAGCAUCAAGCCAAAGGUAGCGGUGUCACCGGUGCCGGGACCUUCCGGUUUGAGGGUGUCUACGGGCGUGUCGGCACCGAUGGAUUUGUUGAAAAAUUCGAGCUUCGAGGAUGAGUACGACAUGUGUGUCGGUCGAUUAAAUACCUCAAUGGGGUACGAGUCGGACACCGAGCCGACCUCGCCGGGCCACAACAAAAGUGACGUUAUCGUCCUGUCGGACGACGAUGAGUAUGUCGAUCUGCAGCACACGCAAUCGGUGCUGGAUGAGAUUAAGAAAGAGAUGGAAAAUAUUCAAGCAGACGCCUCAUCCACCACCAACAUCAUCGAUGACGCCAAUAACAAUCAGUGGGCAUUGAAGCUGAAGCCGGAUAUCGAUGCGACGCAGCGUUAUAAGAAAAAAUCCAAAGAACAGUCCAAAAAAACGAACGAUGGCAUUAAGAAGGACAAAGAAUCCUCUAGGAAGGAAAAAGAUUCCACUAGGAAGGAAAGUAGUGAUCGGCACCGCAAGCGCCACAAAUCUUCCGACCAUUCUCCAGCAGAGAAGAAAAAGGCGAAGCGGCGUGACAGCACGGAAGGAAAGCAACCGCACGAUGUUCCGUUGAAGAUUUCGUUGAAGCGUAGCUCCAAGGAUUGGGUAAUAGCGAACGAAAAGAGUGACGAACCAAAGCAGCAGGUACGCAUGUCAGUCGAUACAGUCCCCCCACCAAACGAGCCACCGGUGGACGGUGAGAAGAAGCGUACGGUUUGCGAAUCGGUGAAGGGUGAUGGGAAAAUACUAAUACCAGAGCAGCCAAGGGUCGUGCGAAACCGACGUCAUUCGGUUGCCGAUUGGAAUGUGCUCGGUCCGCGAAAGCCCAACGGAACGAUCGAAAUAACGCCGCCGGAACACCAUCAACCGACAAAGAACGGUUCCACGCACCGGACUGGACCGCUUUGGCUGAAUAGUUCCAACAUUCCCGAUCCGAAGCCUUCCGCAGAAACGUCUACACAUGGAGCGCAUAGCAAAACUAGCAAAACGCUCGCCCUAAAACGACGCAGUUCCAUUUCCACGCGGGAGGAAAUGCAAGCAAUGAUUCAUAAGAAAAUUAAACCGCGCUAUUCCGUUUCGGACCCAAUCUUUGACUUCCAGCAAAUACCAGCAGUAAGUAAGGAGCAGAAGGAGCAGCGGAAGAGCAGGUUGAUGGAGGUCACUAUGAACAAGAGAAACCGCGAACAAUCGGAACCACCGAAGGAUGACGCAUCCGUGAAGAAGACCGGCACCACCAAACCAAAGGUCAAGUUUACACCCAACAAUCGGGGAACGUUCCUUACUGCUCCCAUCCCACCACCACCAUCACGUGCCACCACAUCGCGUCCAUCGUCCGUGGACGAAAGCAUCGUGUGUACGCAAUCGACCGCCCUCGACCUGCUGCCGGGCGUAAACCUGCCGGCAGAGGAGGAAGUGGUUGAUAUGCGGCCAAAGAAGCUUACCUUCGAGGGUGUUGCGCGCGUCAGCAACGUUGAUCGGCAGGCACCGGAAGGCAGUGCACCGGGCAAGAUAUCUGCCCGGCGACAUUCCUUGCUGCUGGACCAUUCGAUGUUUUUAAAGCCAACAACAGUGCCACAAUCGGCCAUCGGCAAACCCUCUCCGGCGGUCAAUUCAAAGAGUUCGGACAGUUCCAAAAAUGCCAAAGCCAAACCACCACCCGAAAGAGCCGUCUGUUCGAACAAUAGCAAUCCCACCGCGAGUGCCAACAAACCGAACGGUUUCUAUGCUCCCCGCAUAACGGUAGCGUCCGAAGGGGAGACGGUGGUUAAAAAGCGCCCGCUGAAGAGCAUUCUAAAGUCGUACGAUAGCACGCCUACCGCGAAGAGCGCAAACACCGCCCGUAAAACGGUGACCAUCAUGGAGACUUUAAACAAAACGCGGCUGAUCGACAGAUACAUUCAAGGAUCUAGCUGUACAAAUGAAAAUGUCUCGCCAGUGUACAUUCAGGAGCAGGCGCGCGCGUACGAGCACAAGCUGAUAGUGGAAAUACUUCGAUGGUCCACGGAGCUGAUGAUGCGCCAGCAGCAGUCGGAGUGUGGAAGCAAUUUGCCAUUCGCCGCCGACGACACGAUACCGCCAAAGUUGGAAAGCUACGACAAGUAUGAGACAUUCAAGAGCGUACACGCACCGUUUCUGAAACGCGAGCUGUGGAAGGAGAUAUGCGACAAUGCGCGGGAAAUGGCAUUCUUCCUAGUGCCAAACACCCUGAACUGCCAGGAGCGUGAGGAUGUGUGUGAGCUGCAGUGUGAAGUGCCCCUGAACGCUAUCGAACAGCUGCACUGUCCGGCAUUCGAUUUCGGUGUAGUCGAGUACAGCAUCUCACCGCACCAAAGGGUCAGCUCGUUUUUCUAUCUGCAGAAGCAGGAACGGAUAACGUGGCCCGGUAACGGUGGCGAAGGUAACAUCAACGGCUCACACACCCCGGAACCAGCCAUCAAAUACAUCCUGGUCGUAUCGAAAGAAGAGCUGCAACGGUUAAAGCAUGGGAGAAAUUUUGUCCUACGUCCUAUCACAAGAAUUUACCUGUACUUACGGCGAUGGCGAGCACUCUGCACCGUGCAAUACUCGCAGCUGCUGGAAAACAUUCUUUCGCCCUCGCUUAACGUGCAGAACGUUCUGACGAUCGCGGAUAAGCUCCAGCAAAACCCGAACCCGUUCACCAAUGUCGAGAAGCACCUGGAACCGGGCGCGCUCAAUCCGUGCCAGAUGCGUGUCGUAUCGUCGGUGCUGGGCGAGUGUCGCUUUGACGAUUUGGCUACCAUCUCCAUCAUACAGGGACCGCCGGGUACGGGCAAAUCGCGUGUCAUCAGCCACCUGGUGCUGGAGCUGAUGCGGGUGGCACGCGCCGACAGUACCCGGAUGAAGGUGCUCGUCUGUGCAGCUUCGAAUACAGCGGUGGACGUGAUCGUUAAAAAGAUCUUGCUGCUGAAGAAACGAUCAGCACAAACGAACGCUUUAAAGCUGGUACGAACGGGAGCAAAGAAUAAAGUCGACCCUUCCUGUCUGCCGGUGUUCAUCGAUAAGCUGGUUCAGGACAGAGUGAAUCCACCGAAUGCGCAGCGGAGCAAAACUGAUGCCGAGCCGAAGAAACGGGAGAAACGGGGGACACGGGACGAGAUUAUGGCUCGCAUUAAGAUCAUCAGCGAGGCCGACAUCGUGUGUACGACGCUCGGAAGCUGCUCGAUGCUGUCGUCGUACUGUGACAAGCUUAAGUUUAACGUCUGCCUGGUGGACGAGGCUACACAGUGUACCGAACUGUGUACACUGCUUCCGCUGCAGUACAAAGUCUCCAAGCUGGUGAUGGUGGGUGACAUCAAUCAGCUGCCGGCCACCGUACUGGAUCAGCAAAGCGCUGAAGCUGGGUUCCGCAAAUCGCUUUUCGCCCGGCUCUACCAAUCGUACGUCGAUGGUAACAAGACGAAAGAGCUGAAGGUGCUGAACACACAGUACCGAAUGCAUCCGGAGAUAUGUCACUGGCCAAAUGGCUACUUUUACCACAACCAGCUCAAGAGUGCCCCGUGCACCGAGGCCAACCGUAAGGACAUUCCGCUCAAACCGUACAUGGUGAUAAGUCUCAGCUACGACCAGGAACUAACGCAGGCACAGUACGAGAUUUAUAAUACAGAUGAAAUUCGGUUCGUGGUGGGGCUUAUGAAGCAGAUGGUGCGGCGCUGUGAUAAGCAUGCGUCAUUCGCGAUCAUAACACCGUACUCGCGGCACAAGGAAGAGCUGAUCAAAACGCUGCGCCUCGCGAAGCUGGACCGUGUGGAGGCGCAUUCGAUCGAUUCGGUACAGGGUAAAGAGUUCGAUGUGGUUGUCAUAUCGUUGGCACGGUCGAACGGGGCCGGUUUCCUGGAUCAGCCGGAGCGCAUCAAUGUGGCGCUCACACGUGCUCGACAGAGUCUGGUUCUGUGUGGGAAUUUCAACAGUUUGAAGUACAAACCCGUCUGGUCAUCGUUGUUGGCGGAUGCACAAAAGCGAAAGGUGUACUACGAGCUGGAAGAUCAUGACGCGCAUGUACAUGGAGAGCAGAUGGUGGAAAGCAUCAUGCAACGGUUGCGCAAGAGCUGAACCUGUUAGGCUCGGAAUGGGGGUUUAAGUCAGAGAUUGUUUGGUUUGUUUGUUAAGAAUAGUUAGGCAGCACGGGACAGGUAAAAGGGUAAAUUGCCUUACAAAUUGAAUUUAGUAUUUAUAGUUCAGUAAAGUUCCAAUUGCGUAAGUUGAAUCUCUAGAAACAGACGAUAGAUAACAGGAAGUGCCUUAAAAGAUCUGAUCGAGGAAUUUGCUUACGAAUUGUUUUUGGUUUGCGUUUUAGUUUGUUGAGUUUAAUAGAAGCGCCAAACACACAGGCUUUCGAGAUUUGAAUGCAGUAUUGUUUUCGUGUCGGCCUGUUCCGGUCACGAAAUGCUACAAUGUAAGAAACACACAGUACGGGAAAGCGCCAUCAACUUUACGAGGUAGAUUAAUGUUACCGAGCAGUUGCAAAUGUGUGUAUCGUGAGCGCUAGGAAUGAUGAAUGGAUGAAUAAAACAAAACGCCAGUUUUUCCUCACUUAACUCGCCUGGUGAGAGAGAGGGAGAGAGCGCGCGUAAAAUAGUAUUGGUGAGAAGAAAAACAAUAGCGGUGGAAAACACCUGCAGCGUACGCUUAUCAAACGCUCUCGCAGGACAUAUGCAGCUUCUAUGUGUGAGGAAAACCCGUGCGUGAGCGAGAGAGACAGAGGCAUAGUGAGCUAUAGUGAGAAUGAGAGUUUACCACACGGUGAGAGCGAUCGUGCAGUAGUGAGCUUGAGAGAUAGAAUGAGCAAGAGAGAUAGGUAAAUGCGGUGCCUGCUGCUGCUGCUAAGCGGUCAGGUCGUGUUCGUCGAGCAGCAGCCUGUUCAGUCGAGAAUUGUUGUCGUUCGUGACGGGCAGAACAGUGAGUAACGUGCGUUCGUUCGGCUCGCACUUACGGUCUUACUUUUUUCUUUUUCUCUAAAAGUCUAAAAUCUCUACAUCCGUGCCAACCCCCGUUACCCCCCAUUUUCACGGUGCCCUCCGUGCAUAGGUUCGCCCACAAUACGGGUCGGGUUUUCGUGUGGGAAAGAAACUGGUGCGCGUACAAUACGGCAGAUUGUGUCCCGAAACAAAGCGCUAAAAUAUGGUGCAUUAGUGGUCGCCUGAAGACGGGGGCUGCGGCCAAGGCCUAGACCAGAUAGGUGCGUGCCGCGAGUGAUCUUGGUGUAUUCGAAUUCAGGGCUUAAAGAAUUAGCAAAUGUGAUAAGAUGUGAUCGGCGGCACUGGUGGCGCAUCGCGGAGUUGUGCAAGUUGAAACCGAAACGCUUAAGCCUUUUUAUCGUAGCAGGCGUUGCCCUCGGUAGGCUCCUCGUGUCCGGAAUACGCAAAGUGAGGUGAAAAUUGUCGAAACCGCUCACCGUCGCAAAGGUGAGCUGGUCAAGUCCGUGCUGUUGCAUCUACGUAGCGUGCCCGCGCAAGCAGCAGUCAGGGGGAAAAGUGUGGAUAAAUGUGAAGAAAAGCCAUUUUCAAACCAGUUCCUUCGAAUGGGCGAAAGAUGUCACCGGGUAGUGGAAGUCAUUUUGCACGGGAUCCGUAACAAUCGAGAAGUCGUUUUGUUCCGAGCCGGAAUGCUGAGCCUGAAAUCGAGCGAGUGAUUUAUGGUUCCUUUGGAAAUCGGCAAAUGGAAAAAAAGUAAGUUAGCGAAAGAUGUGAAUACCAAGCUACAACUCUUGUCGGAAGCAAAGGAUGGUUUGCGUUUAUUAGUAUUGUGUAUGUGAGCGGGUUAAUGCAAGUUCCAUGACGAUCUGUACGACAGGUGUAUUACUGAUUACUGAGGACAGAUUAUGUUUAAUGCUUUAUUCGUAAGUGCCAAAGUUUUAAUCUUAAUUUUACAUACAUAAAAAAAUCAUGACUUACUUUAUAA